AUGGUACCAAUUGCUUUGUGUUUCACUUUUCAGUGGUAUGACCCUUCGGGCUCCGCUUCUGCCGGCAGCGGGAUUUCUACUCUGCUCAGCCAAGAGGUCGACUUUCAGACACGUCUGCAACAGCACCAGAACCAGCAACAGCAACAGCAACAGCAACAGCAGCAGUCGAACAUGGCCGCCCUCUCCACCGCCUACCAUCAGGCGCUGGCGGCAGCCGCGGCUGCGGCGACCGGAGGCGGAGGCUGCAGCGGCGGCGGCGGCGGCGGUGGCGGCGGCAGCCUCUCCGUCAGCUCCACAUCGCCGACCCUCUCGACCACGACCAGCGCUGGCGCGGCCUCACUCGGUCUGAUGCGUGGCUCCGGCGGUACCGGCGCUGGCGCCUCGGGACCCGGGGCCGGAGGAGGAGGAGGCGGACCGGGCGCCGGAGUCGGAGCCGGUGUUGGUGUUGGUGUCGUCUGUUCCUCGGCGAACGGAGGCGGAGGAAGAGCGGCAACGCCUGUCGGCGGAUUGUCGGCGUCGGCGUCGGUGUCGGCCGGAAGUCCUGGGUCCUUGGGCUCCUCCUGUAUCCUCUCCAGCAGCCCGUCUGCCGGGCAGGUGCCCGGCGGUCUCUCCGCCAGCAUGUUGGCCGCCGCUUCCGGGUAUGUGUAUUAG